AUGGGUAGACUUUCCAACGGCGAAUGGCUCCUUGUCGGUAACUCCAUCUGGAGCGACGACAACGGAACAGAGUUCCGCAUGCAACAAGAUGGCAAGGUCUGUGUCUACCACGGUGACUACUGUGCCUGGCAGAGCACCCCAGAGCAGAACUGGGAAGCCCACGGCAUCAAGAUGCAAGAGGACGGCAACCUCGUUAUCUAG